CGCAGCCCGGUUAAUCGCCUUUAAUCGAUGCAUGUGUUAUGAUUUCAUUGGUUAUGAUAUCCUACAUCCUACCUUAUGUUCAAAAUUAAUAUUUUAGAUUAUAUUAUAAUAAGUAUUUAAUGAAUUGUCGCCUUUCAAAUAUAACAAUAGUCAAUUCAUUAUCUCCACAAUGCUCAAACCCCUAUUCCUCCUAGGAUUACUUGGCCUAAUCCUAUCGUUUUACCUCAGUGAUAUUUAUUAUAGUUUCCAACGUAUCCUCAACUUAAAUUCAAAUAAACAAGGACCUAAUUAUCUAUUUACAUCGGAAGAACUAGCCACAUUUGAUGGUACCAAUGGAAUGUUUUUAUAUUUGUCAAUUAUGGGACAAGUUUAUAACGUUACCGAUGGCCUUAAGCAUUAUGGAGUUGGAGAGCCCUACCACUUUUUUGUCGGUAAAGAUGCUACAAGACAUUUCAUAACAGGAGACUUUGAAAAUGAAUAUUCAAGAGACGAUGUUGAUGAUUUAGAUCAAAACCAAUUAAGAUCUCUGAAUAACUGGUUAAAGUUUUAUAAGAGCACUUAUAAAAGAGUUGGCAAGCUUAUGGGGAGAUACUUUGACGAGUUUGGAAGACUUACACCAUAUGCAAGAGAAAUUAAAAAACUUAUAAAAGAAGCUGAAAAAAGUGAAGAAAGCAACCAGACUGAUAAAAGGAAGUUUCCUCCUUGUAAUAUUGAAUGGGAUGCUGUAAAAGGCAGCCGAGUUUGGUGUACAAACAAAAGCGGAGGAAUCGAAAGGACAUGGGCAGGAAAACCUAGACAGUAUUAUGAAGCAGGAAGUAAAAGUUUCAGAUGUGCUUGUAUAAGUGAAGAAAAUAAGGGGUUGGGCACGAUUAAAGAAUACUCUGGCUGUGAUAGUGAUUCAGAUAGUUGUUUUAUAAAGACUUGAUUGUUUUUCAAAUCCUAUAAUUAAAAAAAAAAGGUUUUUUUU